AUGGAGAAGGUUUUGACGAAGCUGUGCGAAAGCGAACCACUCAUCCCGGCGAUCUUCUAUCGCUCAGCGUUUCUAUCAUGCAUCGAAGAUCGACGGUGUCGUCGCACUCGAGGAAGUUCCAUAGCAACCAUACGAGAUCACGCUCACAUUCUUGUGGAGUAUGUAGAUGCAAUAAUCCGUACAAUGUUUGACGGCGCCUCCUCCACGGAGAAAGCUUUUCUCUGCCCAGAAGGCAUAGGCAUGGCGCAUGCGCGUCUCGGACCACUCGGCUUUGAAAGACGGAUGUGGCACGUUCUAGGUGAAUGCUUUGCAGAGGUGAAC